AUGUCGGCUGUUAUCGAAAGGCUGCCUCCCAUUAGCUUCACGCGAAGGGACCUUACCAGCAGCUCCGUCGCUGAACAACGCUGUAUGCUGGUGUAUCCAAGGGGAGCGAAGAGUAAACAGCGCAUCGCUAUGGGUGAUCGUACGGGUGCCCUUAGCGCAUUCUCUAUAGGAAAGCAGGGGAAACGAGUUGACGUGUUCACCUCCUGCGAAAAUGGUGAUGACGGGGAGAGGCCAGCUGUGAGCUGUAUGACCCUGUUUGGUGAUCAGCUUUUUUGCAUCUGCGGUAGUGUGCUGAGUGCUUACACGCGCAAAGGCACACGCUUUUUUACGACCGAUACCAACGCCACAGAGAAGAUUCAUUCACUUUACGUAUCAACACCAUUUUUCUUCGUUGCCGGUGACUUUAUGGUGACUGCCUUCCAGGAAACCAAAGAGUUGGGCUUCUUUAUAUCGCCGGAUCGAGUGCAUGAUAUGACAGCGUUCAUCAGCGCGGUUGCCCUGGAAAGGCCUGAGAAAGUGUUAGAAGAUUACAUCUGCUGUCUUGCCUGCAACGACCGUGUCCUUCGGUUGGUGCAGAACAACCAACUCAUCGAAGAGGUUCGGUGUGAGGCGCCUAUCACGGUCCUACACGUGGAUGCGGAGCGCCGACAGCUAUACUACGGCACGAAGUUCGGCUCGAUUGCUGUGUUUGAUAUACUGCCAAGAAACUCAUUGAGACGCUGUUAUAGUUACUUGCCCUCACACGCAGAGGUUCAAUCUCAUAUUACGUGUCUUUCGGUAUUCGAUGUGAAUGCAGACAACAAAAAAGAGAUUUUGGUGGGCUACGAGGAUGGCGCCGUGCGGGUGUUUGGCACGCUCGUGCAGACCUGCAACGACGGCGAUACCGCCGGCAAUGUACCUGGCAGGGGCGGGAUGGCCAACGCGGGCGGCCUUCACCCCCUCUGGUCUGGUGUAGUUGGGGAAAAGGUAAUGAGUAUUGCGGGCGGCAUCGUCACGACGUCCGUGGCACAACCCGAUUUGCUGGUUCACGUCUUUAGUGGUUUGCUGAUUUCCUUCGUACUCGAUGGCCCGGAGGUGGCUGGCGCCGAUGAGGAGGCCGCUUUACGGCGCAUGCAGCAGCGUAACGACCUCAUCUCCAAGAAGAACGAAACUGAAGCCGCGAUUGCCCAACUUCAGGCCCAAAUUCUGAGCAGCUCGAAGGAACUGGCUCGUCGGACAGGAGCUGCGAAGAAAAAGUCCCCGCUGGUAGCCGUCGCCUCAACCUUCAACGCACAGGUCCGCCUUAAUCCACUAAAGCACAGCUCCAUGCUAUCACUUGUGGUGGAUGCGGAUGUGCCGAUUGAGCAUGCUGUAUUGCGCGGCAGCUCAACGAUCACAUUUGUAGGAACGGAGACCACGCAAGUCAUUCCGCAGACCUCCCUCGCCAAUCGUUGUGGCCGCGACGGGGUGGAGGUGGGGCGUGCCGGUAUACCCUCAACGGGCAAAACGCGUUCCCUGGCCCUCGCCAGGCCUUGGUCGGAGAACCUUAACACGAAAGGUGGUCGCCGGUUAGAGGUGCACCUUUGGCCAGAUGAAGACCAGGGCGAUAGGAUAUCGGUCACUUUGUACGCCAACCCAGCACCGCGUACGGCUCAGGUGAAGACGGUCUUGCUAUGCGCUUUACCGCUUUACGCGCGCGUCAGCAGGCUUGCGGACGCGAUGGCGGUGUUUCCGUCGGAACAGGGAGUGGCAGCACUUUACCUUUCAAAGGUUUUGGUGCAGGGGCAAUUUAAGGUCAACCACGUGUUCAAUUGGCUUGCACAGCUCCUACCAGACAUGUCUGAGGUUUAUCAAGGGGGCUACAACAUUGAUGAAAAGUGUCGAUAUACUUACUACUUUACGAGUGAAUUUCUUAACUCGUUACUAAUAGUGGAUUUGACAGAUCGAGCAGUCACUUUUACCAGUGAUUCACUCACUGCGUUAAGUGCUAUCAAACGCUUCAUGGUCCGUCAAGCGGCAUCUGAACAGCUUAUCGUGAGUUUAGAGGAUACCAUUCGCUUCAACUCCGCGAUGCGGUGCCUUAGCCAUAUGGAACCCAUGAUCUUACGUUGCGCGGAGGUGGCCAAAAAUAACAAGCUCUUAAAGGGGCUCCAGGAGCUGCAAAGCGAUGAGUCGGAUCUCGAUUACCUUCCUGAUCACCUCCAACAAAUCCUGCACGAUGCGGAUGGCCUUCAGACCGGGGCCAAAGCGCUGCCACAGGACGAAGCUUACCUAAAGCGAAGCGUAGUAGCUCUGUAUAAGAGCCUUGUGGAUUUCACCCAACACACUACUCCACUCACCAGUGAGCUGCAGCGACAGUUGGAGGAGGCCUGUUGCUGGCCAAAUUCCUCUUAUGACUUGUUAGUGCACCUAUUUUUCCCAAAAGAUGAGCACAUACGGGAGAAGGCACAGCUGAUGCCUGAAAUGGCACAGAAUGCGGGUGAGUUGGAAGACAACGGAAGCAAUGAUGUGUCACAGGACGACUCCGGUACUGUGUGA